AUGGCCGAUCUACCCAAGACUCGAAUAAAUGAAUCGCCAGCUUUCUCCCAUGUAGGAGUAGAUUUCUUUGGUCCAAUCUUAAUCAAAGAAAAAAAGGAUCGAAAUAGGUCGUUCAUCAAAACCUAUGGCUGCGUUUUUGUGUGUCUAGCUUGUAAGGCCGUACAUAUCGAACUGGCGACCGAUCUUUCCUCUGAAGGUUUCAUGGCUGCCUUUGAUCGGUUCAUCAGCCGCAGAGGAGUCCCCGAACAUGUUUAUUCGGACAAUGGCACUAAUUUCGUUGGGGCUAGUAACGAACUUCGUGAAGUUUAUGAUCUUUUUGAAACUCCAGAAUUUCGAAAGACAAUAGGCACUUAUGCCAUUGCCAAACGGAUAGAGUGGCAUUUCAAUCCACCUCUGUCUCCUCAUUUCGGAGGUAUUUGGGAAGCAGCUGUCAAAAGCUUCAAACACCAUCUUAAGCGUGUUCUCAAGGAUCAGAAACUCACUUACGAACAGAUUAACACUCUUCUCAUCCAAAUUGAGGCAAUCCUCAAUUCUCGUCCUCUCUGUUCGCUUUCUACUGACCCCAACGAUCCUGUGUCCAUUACUCCUGCUCAUCUAUUAGUAGGACGUCCAUUCAAUGUCUUACCAGAAAAAUCUGUCUUUUCAGUUCCAGGCAAUCGACUCUCGACGUACAAAUUCCUUACCAAAAUGCGCCAGGACUUCUGGAAUAAAUGGCAUAAGGAGUACCUGCAUGAAUUGCAAACCCGCCAAAAAUGGCAUGACUCUACUGCGGAACUCAUCGUUGGAUCGGUGGUGAUUCUAAUGGACGAUAUCACCUAUUGUUCAAGAUGGCCACUGGGUGUGAUCGUCGAGAUACAUCCUGGGAGUGACGGCAUCGCUCGAGUAGCUUCUGUCAAGACUUCAACCGGCAUCUACAAGCGUAACAUCACCCGUUUGUGUAUUCUUCCCACGACUUAG